ACUAAAGCAUACCCCUUCUUUCUCUCUUUUUCCACACAUAGUUUGAAGUAAUUUUUUUUGACCUUGUUAUAAUUAUUAUUCCUUUACAGAUAGAUAAGGCCAUAAAUAAGUAAGUAUUAGAUAUAGACAUAUUCUUAUAAAGAAAAUACAUGUUCACUUCUUCUCACCUUCCUAACCCUUUCCUUCUAUCAAACCAAACCACUCUCAUUCAUCAACUCCUUAUUAAUUUCUUUUCUUGCUCUUGAAUCAAAGGACCAAAAUUUAUCACCUUUUUUUUCCAUCUAAUUGCACACAAGAAAAUCUUUAUUUUAGAAGGUUGAACUUAAGAUAUGGGUUUGAGUUCUAAACAAGUUACUAGUAGAGGGAUUGAUUGGAACCAAACCUUGCUACAAGAUCAAAACUUAGAACUACCAAAAGCUUCACCUAUGAGAAAACAACAACAACAACAAAAUCAUCAAUUAGAAGCUGUGAAUUGUCCAAGAUGUGAUUCUUCAAACACCAAAUUUUGUUACUACAACAACUACAACAAGUCUCAACCUCGUCAUUUCUGCAGAGCUUGUAAAAGACAUUGGACUAAAGGUGGAACUCUAAGAAAUGUUCCUGUUGGUGGUGUUAGAAAGAAUAAGAGAGUCAAAAAAUCAACCUCUCCAAAAACUACUAUUAGCACCUCCUCAAAAACUACUAUUACCACCCCCACCCCCACCACCUCCAAUAGCAAAACCACACCUUCUAUGUAUGAAUCUAUCAUUCAUCCACCUUCUUUUUUUCCAUCUCAGAAUCUGAUGAGUGCUAGAGAUUCAUCAGAAGGUAAUAAUGAAGAGUUUGGUAUUGGCAAUGGUAUCUUUCUGAGUUCAUCUAUGGAUUUACCUCAAAACCAAAGCCUCAUAUUCCCAUUCUCAAACUCAAGCUCUUUGAGAUCAUCCAAUGCAUAUAGCUAUGGUGAAGAGUUAAAAGUCAUGGAAGAUUCAACUAUUAACAACACUAUAAUGCCAAGUACUAGUGGUGCUGGUGCUAUUACACAGCCAUGGGAGAACAUUCCUGCAACAGCAAGUAGUGGCAUGGAAAUGUCAAACUAUUGGAGUUGGGAAGAUAUUGAUUCUUUGGUCUCAACUGAUCUUAAUGUUCCUUGGGAUGAUUCUGAUAUCAAGCCCUAAUUCGAGCAGACAGUUUCGUCCUGAUUCGAGCAGGUUAAUUGGUUGAACCAUGAUCCAGGAUUCUGAGAGUUCAAAUUUUAGUGUUUGUUAACACAUGGUAGUUUAGUUUCCAAUGUCUAUAGAAUAGUUAUAUUUAAUUGGGGUGUUUUUGUGUUUGAUACAUAUUAGUAAGUGUUCUUGUUUUCAGAUGGAACAUAUUAUGGACUGGUGUGUAUGAGUAUAUGCACCUGUAAUUUUCUUACCAAGUAUUUGAAGCUGACUUAUUUUAGUUUCAGCUUGAGAUUCAAGUAAGAAGGUCUAAUUAAUUAAUGUAAUCCAUUGUGUUUACCUAUUCA